AUGACAGAGGAAAGGGAGUGGAUAAAAAAAAUUCGGGAAGAAAAUGCACAACUCAAAAAUGAAAUUAGGCUGUUCAGGGAAAACUAUGAAUUGCGCACAUUGUUGGGUCAGCAAUGUGAGAACAACAGUCAGGCUCAGUUUGCACCACCUCAGAUUUCUCCUUCAUAUCCUAAUACUGGUUCAUUGGUAAAAACAGCUCAGUCUAUCAGAAAAGAUUAUAAUUAUUAUCCCCAUAUCACUUCCAAGGAGACUGCAAAGUCAUGUCCCAGUACCCAGACACAGAUUAAACUAUUCCACACUGAUCCUGUUGCUGUUCAAUCUAGAAGUGGAGAAAAGAAAUCCAUACACGCCUCAAAUAUAUCAAGUUCUACCAUGAUUGGAAAACAGCUUGAGGAACCCACAGACAUAUCAAUGUUAAGGAAAUCUUGGCUUACAGAUGGUCCUUUCCCUGGUGCUCAUUACAAAGCAGGAAGACUCCUGAAUUCAAAAGAGAUGCUCAGUUGCUUACCAGAAGAAUCACCUUCCUCAAAGACACACAAAGAAGAUGCCCAAGCACAGACUGCAUUUUCAGAUGAUGUAAACAUCCACAAAGGAGGGAUUCCUGAGAGGCAGCCCUAUUGCUUUGGAGGUGGUGCUCAGGACUCCAGCAUAGACAAAUCACAGCCUGAAACGCAAGAGAUGCCUCAGAAGAAGAGAGUCUGGUUCCCAGAUUCACCUGCCACAGACAAGAUAAGGAAGUUCCAUACAUUCUACCUGAAUGAUAUCGAAAUUGCCCAAAGCAACAAGAAAAAUGGACGCAUUGUGGGAGAGAUUGCCUUCCAGUUAGACAGGCGUAUCCUUGCACAUGUGUUCCCUGGAAUAACACGGCUCUAUGGAUUCACAGUAUCCAAUAUCCCUGAGAAAAUAAAGCAAGUCUCCAUAAAAUCUUUAGAUGGCUCUCUAGACGAGAAAAAGUAUCAAGCCAUGACCCAGCGUUACCUUGACCUGAUUGCCCGCUUGGAGAAAAUGGGCUACCGCACAGAUGUCCACCCAAUGUUUAGUGAAUUUCUCAUCAACACCUAUGGCAUCCUGAAGCAAAGGCCUGACCUGGGCUCCUGCCCCAUGAACAACAGUCCCAAUGAUCUCAGGAAGAUGGUGAUAGACAUUGUCCCAGCUAAGAUCCUUGGAGAUACCUUACUGCUCUUGAACUGUUUGUGUGAACUUUCUAAAGACAACAAGACCCUUUUUGCCUGGUAG